GAGGCACAGGGCGGGGAGCGGGACUCCGCGGAGCGGGAUGCAUGGCGACAGGAGGAGGAAGAGGACAACAGGGACCGGGGCUCCGGUGAGAGAGGGGAGCAGGGCGGCGUCAGGCACUCGGGUGAGGGCAGCGCCGCGUCUCUGCGUUAGGGGCAGCGAGGCUUCUGGUGCUGCUGGGUUGUGUGCAGCGGGCCGAGACUCUCCCGGGGCGGCCGUGCCGGCUGUUAGAACGGAUACGUUUCCUUCCCGUAAUGGGUGGUAUCGGGUCUGCCUACGCAGGUGAAAAAGUGCGCUUUGGGAGAGGGUGAAAGUCCAAUGCGAGAGGUGGCUGAGAGUUUCUAUUUCCAUGCGCUGCUGCAGCCGGCGCUGGCCGGGACGAGGAAGUACUCCCGGGUCAGCUCGGGAGUGGCGCUGCUCGCGGUGUGGGGAGCGUGUAUUGGCGCUGCGGCCCUCUGAGGGCGGUGAGCGCGCUAAUCCGUCUGCGUCUGCUCACGCUUGCCGAGGAGAACAGGAGUAACCAGCGCCGCAGGCAGUUCAACAGGCAGGCAUGAAAUAUGUCUCUCUUUAAAAGUCAAGUCCUGCUAGAGAAGGAGGCAGGAGGAAAAGUUUCUGGCUGUGGAGAAGAGUGUAAUCACACCUGGUUUGUUUCAGGGCCAGCCAUGUGCCUUUCCACCAGCAUCCGUGUCUUAUUAGGCGAGGAGAUGGUAUUUCCAGGGAAAGUAGUCCAUUUAUUAACAGUGCAGAGAUGGAUAGAGGAAACAUGUACGAAGGUAAAAAUAUGGCUCUCUUUGAGGAGGAAAUGGAUAGCAAUCCGAUGGUGUCAUCUCUUCUUAAUAAACUAGCAAACUACACGAAUGUAACUCAAGGUGUGGUGGAACACGAAGCAGAUGAAGACAGCAAGCGAAAGGAAGUCAAGGUUCCACGAAUGGGCACGUUUAUCGGUGUGUAUCUGCCUUGCUUGCAAAACAUCCUGGGAGUUAUUCUUUUCCUGCGUUUGACAUGGAUUGUAGGAACAGCUGGAGUUCUUGAGUCUUUCAUCAUUGUUUUCAUGUGUUGUGCUUGUACUAUGCUAACUGCAAUUUCAAUGAGUGCAAUAGCAACAAAUGGUGUGGUUCCAGCUGGAGGCUCCUAUUAUAUGAUUUCAAGAUCUUUAGGACCAGAGUUUGGUGGAGCAGUGGGACUUUGUUUUUACCUGGGUACAACCUUUGCAGGAGCAAUGUACAUUCUUGGUACAAUUGAAAUCUUAUUGACUUACAUAUCUCCAAGUGCUGCUAUAUUUAAAGCAGAAGAGGUUGGUGAAGAAACAGAGGCCAUGCUGAAUAACAUGAGAGUUUAUGGAACGUGUAUUAUCAUUCUGAUGGCCAUAGUAGUUUUUGUGGGAGUCAAGUAUGUCAACAAACUUGCACUGGUCUUCCUUGCCUGUGUGAUUCUAUCCAUUAUUGCCAUUUAUGCUGGAGUUAUUAAGACUGCUAUUGACCCACCCGAUUUUCCCAUCUGUCUUCUUGGAAACCGUACCUUGUCAAAACGUAGCUUUGAUGUCUGUGCCAAAUUUACUGAAAGGAAUAAUGAAACAAAGACUACAAACUUGUGGCUCCUCUUCUGCAAUAGUUCUUUGCCCACUGCUAUGUGUGAUGACUACUUCAGCCUCAAUAAUGUAACGGAAAUUCAAGGGAUUCCAGGAAUAUUGAGUGGAGUUCUAAUUGAUAAUCUGUGGAGCACCUAUUCAGAAAAAGGAUCAAUAGUUGAGAAAAAAAAUCAGCCAUCAGUUUCUGGAUCAGAAGACAUAAAAAUUGCUGGACGCCCUUAUGUUUUCACAGACAUCAUGACCUACUUCACAGUGCUUGUAGGGAUUUAUUUCCCAUCUGUAACAGGUAUUAUGGCAGGUUCAAACAGAUCUGGUGAUCUUAAGGAUGCUCAGAAAUCUAUUCCCACUGGAACAAUUUUAGCUAUUUCAACUACUUCUUUUAUUUAUCUUUCUUGCAUAGUAUUGUUUGGUGCCUGUAUAGAAGGUGUGGUAUUAAGAGAUAAGUUUGGUGAAGCAGUUAACGGAAACCUAGUGGUUGGUACACUGGCCUGGCCUUCUCCAUGGGUUAUUGUGAUUGGUUCAUUCUUUUCAACAUGUGGUGCUGGUCUCCAAAGUCUCACUGGUGCACCCCGUCUGUUGCAAGCCAUUGCAAGAGAUGGCAUUGUACCGUUUAUUCAAGUAUUUGGUCAUGGAAAAGCAAAUGGAGAACCAACCUGGGCUCUGCUCCUCACUGCUGCUAUUUGUGAAAUAGGAAUUCUGAUAGCUUCUUUGGACAGCGUAGCACCCAUUCUUUCAAUGUUUUUCCUGAUGUGCUAUAUGUUUGUAAAUCUGGCUUGUGCAGUUCAAACGCUUUUACGAACUCCCAACUGGAGACCUCGUUUCAAGUAUUACCACUGGACUCUUUCAUUCCUGGGAAUGAGUUUAUGUCUUGCCUUGAUGUUCAUUUGCUCUUGGUACUAUGCUUUGAUUGCCAUGCUAAUCGCAGGAUGUAUAUACAAAUACAUAGAAUAUAGAGGAGCGGAAAAAGAGUGGGGUGAUGGAAUACGAGGACUCUCUUUGAAUGCAGCUCGCUAUGCUUUGCUUCGUGUUGAAGAUGGUCCUCCUCACACCAAAAACUGGAGACCUCAACUUUUGGUCUUGUUAAAUUUGGAUUGCGAACAGUUGGUGAAGCAUCCAAGAUUGCUUUCUUUCACUUCUCAGCUGAAAGCUGGUAAAGGGCUGACUAUUGUGGGAUCUGUGCUUCAAGGAACCUAUUUGGAUAAAUGUGUAGAAACUCAGAAAGCUGAAGAGAAUGUUAAAGCUUUAAUGGCAGUUGAAAAGACUAAAGGAUUUUGCCAGAUUGUGGUAUCUCCUAGUUUCAGAGAUGGAAUAUCACAUUUAAUUCAGUCAGCUGGCCUAGGAGGAAUGAAACACAAUACAGUUUUGAUGGCAUGGCCACAGUCAUGGAAGCAGACAGAAAAUCACUUCUCUUGGAAAAAUUUUGUUGACACUGUACGAGAAACAACAGCAGCUCAGCAAGCUUUAUUGGUGGCUAAAAACAUUGACUUGUUUCCAACAAAUCAAGAACGUUUUACUGAAGGAAACAUAGAUGUCUGGUGGAUUGUUCAUGAUGGUGGAAUGUUGAUGUUGCUGCCUUUUCUUCUUCGACAACACAAGGUUUGGAGAAAAUGUAAAAUGCGUAUCUUCACGGUUGCUCAAAUGGAUGAUAACAGCAUCCAAAUGAAGAAAGAUCUUCAGAUGUUCUUGUACCAUCUCCGCCUGAAUGCUGAAGUAGAAGUUGUUGAAAUGUUUGAAAAUGAUAUUUCUGCAUUCACAUAUGAGAAGACACUAAUGAUGGAACAGCGAUCCCAGAUGCUAAAACAGAUGCAGCUAUCAAAAAAUGAAAGGGAAAGAGAGAUUCAGAGCAUCACUGAUGAAUCUCGAGGCUCUGUCAGAAGAAAAAGCUGCUCUAGUCCACAAUCCAUUGGCCAAGAUGUACAGGCACUGCUGAAUAAUGAUUAUGACAAGGAGGAGGCUCAGUUGAUCCAUGACAGAAACACAGCCUCACGCUCAGCUCCAGCUGUCAAAGCAAGUGUGGCUGCUGCCAUGCCAGAAAAAGUGCAAAUGACCUGGACUAAAGAGAAGUUUGUAGCUGAAAAACAUAAAAACAAAGACACAAAUGUGUCAGGUUUUAAAGAUAUUUUCAACAUGAAGCCAGAAUGGGGAAAUCUGAAUCAGUCAAAUGUAAGAAGAAUGCACACUGCUGUGAAGCUCAAUGGAGUGGUGCUUAAUAAAUCACAACAUGCUCAGCUGGUUCUCCUGAAUAUGCCUGGACCUCCUAAAAACAGAAAAGGAGAUGAAAACUACAUGGAGUUUUUGGAAGUUCUAACAGAAGGUCUGGACAGAGUUCUCCUAGUCCGAGGCAGUGGACGUGAAGUGAUCACCAUUUAUUCUUAACCUUGUUUUUUUUUUUUUUUUUUCUUUUUUAAUUUUCUUAUGAAUGAAGGGAACAAAAUGUAUAAAGUCUAUCUGAUGUAAUUGGAGCAGCUUCACUUAAGAGCUCUAGCACAUGGAAAAAAUGAAAUUUUUUUGGUGUGUUUUUUUUUCCUACUAAAAUGUUAUAUUUAAAGUAUAUUUUAAAGACCUAUGAAAACACUUCUGUAGUGGAUUAGUAAAUCCUGACUGGAUUAGGAUAUGUAUAGUAUAUUAUGACGUGUUAAUCUGUGCUGAAACAAAUCAUAAUGCUGUGUUGUUUUUAAACAUACAGAAAUACGAGGAACUUUUGUUUUCUUAAUCUUUGUUCUGCUUCUAAAUAAAAGGGAAAAGUUUGCUUCCUCACUUACUAAGAUGCUGCUAUGUUGCUUCUGAUGGGAUUAGUCCCUGGUUCAGGAAACUUCAUUUAGAAAUGUACAAAAAUACUCAGUUUUACUUGUUGUUGCAUACUGUAAAGUAUUUCCCUGAAGUUUAUGAUUUGCCACAUCUGUUUUAAAUGACAUUCUGUUUAAAGUACUUCAGGCAAGGAAUUUAAAGGCUCCAGGUGAGAGUAAUAGUAAGUUGCAAAUGUUUCUUUCACAUGAACUACUAGCAGUUUAAAGAAUACUGCACAAUUAUGACAAUCUAAGUCAUAGGAACUCCAUGAUGCAGUAUUACCACCUGCUGGAGAUAAAAUUAUAGCAACUGGUAAACAAUUGACCAAGGAAGUGUAAUCUCAUUUUCAAAUGUGUGUAUAUCGAUAAGUGUUGCAUGCAUGUGCUGCUAUGAAAAUAAAAUUUUUCUGAAAAAUA